AUGCGUCGGGCAGCAGUCUGUAUCUUGAUAUGCGUGCUGGUGGCCGUUGCUGACGGCCAGGCAUGCGACCAGCAGUGCAGGCAGGCCCAGCGCGCAGUGCUCGCGCGCCUGUAUGACGCUCUUGGCGGCCCGCAGUGGCGCCGCAGCGCCGGCUGGCCCGCCGCGCCCGACCACUGCACCUGGGCCGGCGUCGCCUGCUGCGGCGCGGCCGCGGCGGGCGCGGUGCCGUCGGCGUGCGGGCCCGAGGGCGCGGUGGCCGCGCUCGAGCUGCCCCUCAACGGUUUAGUGGGGGAGCUCCCAGCGGAUGCGUUUGCCGGCCUCGAGCCCGCACUCGAGACCCUCAACCUGUUUGGCAAUCAGAUCGCCGGCCCCCUGCCGCCGUCGCUGGCGGCGCUGCGGAAGCUGCGGCGCCUGCUGGUCAAUGGCAACGCGCUGACCGGGCCGCUGCCGGCGGCGCUGGGCGCGCUGCCGCUGCUCGAGGAGUUUGACUUUUCGGGGAACCUGCUGACCGGCGCGGUCCCGCCGUCGUUCGCGUCGAGCCCCGCGCUGCGCGUGCUGCGCGGCGCGCGCAACCGGGUGGCGGCGCUGCCAGACGGCCUGCUGGCCGCACGGGCCCUGGAGGUCCUGGACUUCAGCAGCAACCGGCUGGCGGGCCCGCUGCCGCUGGCGGCCGCGGCGGCCGGCGCGGGAAACGCGAGCAGCGGCACUUCGCCGGCCCUUGGCGGCCGGCGGCCCCUGACUGAGCUCAACCUUAGGGGGAACGCGCUCACCGGCGCCGUCCCGCCGGCGCUCGCGGCGCUGCCGGCGCUGGUGCUGGACCUGGGGGCCAACCGCCUGGGCGGGCAGCUGCCGGGCAGCUUCGUGGGGAACGCGGCGCUGCGGGAGGUCUGGUUGGACGGGAACCAGCUGGAGGGGCCGCUGCCGCAGAACGGGUUCAUAGGGUGA